UCUUUGCACUGUUCAUAUUCAAGUUACAGGAUCCGAGAACUUGCAAAACCAAAGCCAAAAGUAGCUUGGGAGAACUACUGUAGUAGGCUAGACUGGGGAAACCAGGAGACAAUCUGGCCCCUCUCCUUGAGUGCUUUGGCUACUCGUCCAUCUCCAAGACUUACAGCUCUGGCCAAACCCAAGAAGAAUUUUGAUGGAAAACUCCAGCGCAGGCCCCUUUUUCUGUACAGCUGUGGUCGGGAAUCAGAGAUAUGGGAGCGCCCACCCCUAAUGAAUCUUGGGUUUCCAUCUGAUCGGAUACUGAAGUUAGCAGAACCUAAAAAAUUUCAGCUGGCUUACCUGCAGAAAAGGGCUCGCAAUUCCCCAGAGUGGCCUGUGACACCAGCUGCGCUCACCUGUGAGGCUUCCCAGAGGGUGCUAGACCUUGCACACCCAAAAUCCAUGCAUCCAGACUUCAUUCAAGCCAGAGAGGCUGAAACACAUGUUACAGACACUGCGAAGACAGCUAGAGUGUCCCAAAGAAUAAAGCACCUUGCACAGCCUCGGGUUCAGAAGGACUCAUGGUGCUAUGAUCGGGGCCAUCCUGAAGCUGUCAUCUGGCCGGUGUCCAAGUCUGCUCAGCAAGCCACGGCCAACUCUAGAACAUCAGAACUGGCGAAAGCGAAACAGGUGUCUCCCAAGUAUCUGCCAGUCCGGGAUGCUGAAUGGCCAGUGUCAAAAGCAGCUAAGCACACCGCUGCGACUCCUAGGACUGUGGAGCUGUCGAAGCCUUCCAAGAAGCCCCCUAUGAAUAUUGCUCAGCUCAAUCCAGAUGCGUUUACAGUAAAGGAGUCUGCCAAGAAGGCAUUUUGUUCCAGUCGAAUUCUAGAGCUCGCCCGCCCCAUUGCACGCUGAACCUUUGGACUCCAAAUGGCACUACCCUUCCUUAACACCUAAGAGACUUGUGGCUUUCCCACAAGUUGGUCCCUUCCCCAGUGUGUUUGAUUAUAGGCUGUAGGUAGAAUGUAGACUUGGCAGGAGGGUAUGUGAACAAGAACGAGGGAAAACUCCUCUAGCAGCUCAACUGCUGCUUUUAAAUCCUUCCCAAAUCCUCAAUAAAACUGUGUGCAGAAUAA